ACUCCAAAGCUUCGAACAUGGAGACGAAGUGGCGAAUUGCUAGCUCUGCUUUUUGAGCAGCGAAACCAUUGCAAGUCAACAGCAGAAAAAGAGAGAUGGACAAGAAGAAGAAUCUGUUCGAAUGGCUGAAUCAAAUUUUAUCGGAGCCAUAUUACAUCUUCCAUUUUCUCGCCUUCUUUUCUUACAUCGUCUUUCGGAGCUCGUCAAACGCCGCCGUCUCUCCUCGCAUCACCGCUCAUCUGCUCAAUCGAGAGAUUCAAGCGGGUCUGGCAUUCGCUGCGUUGGUGGUUGUCAAGAUGGCGAGAGAAGAAACAUGGGAAUCCUUUGUUGCUGAUAUUUUGUUUUAUGCAAAGAUUUUUCUUACUGCCGUUUCUUUGAUACUGGAUUACCGCUUGGCUCUCUGGUAUUUAGUAGUAUUUUCAGUUAUAUAUAUCACAACACAACAACCUGCAUUUGAUGGACUAGGUACUGCAAGCAAAUUAACACCAUUGCAACUAGAAACGAUCCUAACAGAAGGAAACACAUCGAGAUUCUGGCUGGUUGAAUUUCGUGCUUCUUGCUCAUGCCGUUGCAUUCGUAGCAGUCGGUGUUUUCCUGAGCUCGCAAUUACGUACUCAACCAAAAUAUUAUCUUUUGGCAUAGUUGAUCUUGGACUAUUCCCAAAUGCUGCUGAGAAGUUUGGCAUCUCUCUUGGGAGCAUGGGCCAACUUCCUGUGUAUAUAUUAUUUGAGAAUGCAGCCGAGGUCACACGCUUUCCAGAACUGGAUUUUGAAGCAAAAGCUUCUCAUCCUGAUAUUACCAAGAGACUUCUUUCACGACAUUUUGAGCUUGAUCGUCUUCUUCUUCAAUACGUUAACGGUAGGUAGCUGUGAAAUAGACUUGCUUGAUGUAUUUUAGGAAAUGUAUACUUGGUUGUAGCUGACCCCAAACUUUUGUGAUAAAAACUCGGAUGAUGAUGAUCUUCAUCCUUAGAUAAAUGAUUCAAUGAAUGUAACAAACACAAUUGUUUUACGCGAUUAUUUUAAAUUGUAACUUUAACACUAAUGUGAGAGUACAUGUCCUUCAGAA